CUGCCCGGGGCCGACAUGGGGAGGCUCAGCAUCUCGUGCCUGCUCCCUGCGUCCUGGCACUUCAGCCUGUCUCCCGUGGGGUGUCCGCGGGUUCUCAACACCACUUUGCGCCAGGUCCUCGUCGUUGGAGUCCUCGCUGCCGCCGUCUCCCUGCUCUACUACUCCGUGGUCGUUAUCCGCAAUAAGUAUGGACGCGCUUACAGGGAUAAGAGGUUCCACAGAUAUCUUGCCCGGGUGACGGAUACUGAAGCUACGGACACAAACAACCCCAACCUGAACUAUGGAAUCGUUGUGGACUGCGGCAGCAGCGGCUCCAGGAUCUUUGUGUACUGCUGGCCCCGGCACAACGGAAACCCACACGAUCUGCUGGACAUCAAACAGAUGAGGGACAAGGACAGAAAGCCAGUGGUUAUGAAAAUUAAACCAGGUAUUUCCGAGUUCGCCAGCUCUCCUGAGAAGGUCAGCGACUACAUCUCCCCACUUCUGAGCUUUGCUGCUGAGCACGUGCCCCGUGCGAAACACAAAGAGACUCCUCUGUAUAUUCUCUGCACUGCAGGCAUGAGGAUUCUGCCGGAAAGCCAGCAGAAGGCAAUACUGGGGGAUCUGCUCACUGAUAUCCCCGUGCAUUUUGAUUUUCUGUUCUCAGAUUCACACGCAGAAGUUAUUUCUGGGAAACAGGAAGGAGUGUAUGCGUGGAUUGGCAUCAACUUUGUUCUUGGAAGAUUUGAGCAUACAGAUGAUGAGGAUGAAGCCGUUGUGGAGGUCCACGUGCCAGGCAGCGAGAACAAGGAGAGCAUCUUUCGUAAGAGGACAGUGGGUAUUCUAGACAUGGGCGGAGUAUCGACUCAGAUAGCAUACGAAGUCCCUAAAACUGUAAGCUUUGCCUCUUCACAGCAGGAGGAGGUAGCCAAAAACCUCCUAGCAGAAUUCAACCUGGGCUGCGAUGCUCACCAAACGGAGCACGUGUACAGAGUCUACGUUGCAACGUUCCUGGGCUUUGGAGGGAAUGCAGCACGCCAGAGAUACGAGGAAAGCCUGUUUGCCAGCGCUGUGCUCAGGAACAGGCUGCUGGGCAAACAGGUUGGUGUGACUUCUGAUUCGCCCUACCUAGAUCCUUGCCUGCCCCUGGAUGCUCAGGAUGAGAUUAAGCAAAAUGGACAGAAAAUGUAUUUGCGUGGGACGGGAGACUUUAACCUGUGCCGCGAAAUUAUUCAGCCCUUCAUGAACAAGACCAACGAAACGCAGACGUCGCUGAACGGCGUCUACCAGCCCGCCGUGCACUUCCAAAACAGCGAGUUCUACGGCUUCUCCGAGUUCUACUACUGCACCGAGGAUGUGUUGCGCAUGGGAGGAGAUUACGAUGCCGCCAAGUUUAUUAAAGCUGCAAAGGAUUAUUGUGCCACUAAGUGGUCCAUCUUGCGGGAACGUUUUGACCGUGGUCUUUAUGCAUCGCACGCUGAUCUCCACAGAUUGAAGUACCAGUGUUUUAAGUCUGCCUGGAUGUAUGAAGUAUUUCACAGUGGCUUCUCUUUUCCUGUGAGUUACAGCAAUUUGAAAACAGCUCUGCAGGUUUAUGACAAGGAAGUGCAAUGGACAUUGGGAGCCAUUCUUUACCGAACACGUUUUUUACCUUUAAGAGACAUCCAGCAAGAAAACUUCCGCGGAAGUCACUCCCACUGGAGAAGCUUCUCCUUUGUUUACAAUCACUACUUGUUCUUUGUCUGCUUUCUGAUCGUGCUGCUCUCCAUCCUGCUCUACCUGCUGCGGCUGAGGAGGAUUCACAGGCGCAUGUUGCGCAGCGGUUCCUCCCCGUCCCUAUGGAUGGAGCAAGGCCUCGCGCCACAGAAGAUCCCGGGAGCCCUAUGAGGUGCUCCGGAGCGGAGAGCUUCUGUUGGACUGCCUGCAGAAAAAGCCAUUUUUGCCUCAGGGUUUCUCCUUUUUCUCCCUUUAAAUCACAGAAGAAUCAGAUCGCCCCAAGUGCGAAUUCAGCUAGGCUUUGGAAAUAUGGGAAAACGGGGUCAAUUUGGCUUGGUCUCCUCAGACAUUAUCUGCCAAUUUAUUAUUUUUUUUAAAUAAUGCACUUUUGUGUGUGAUGGAAGAGUGAAGAUGCCAGUAAAUGAAGUAGCUUAAGCUAUGUAUGGCAAGAGAAUGGGUGCAAAUUCUCAUCCUUUGGGUGGGAUUGUGAAAUAUUAUUAGCUAGGAUGAGUGAGGACUUUUUUUUUCUCUUUUUUUCUUUCUUUUUUUUUUUCCUCUUUUUUUUUUUCCUGAUCCACGCUUGGUAUUUGGCUUCUCAAUUCUGACUGUCCUCAGGCAAACUAAGAUUAAAGAAAAGCAAGCACCGGGUUUUCAAAAGCAGUAAAAACCAUCCUGUUAGGACAGAUUUUCUGUUUCAUAUCCUGAAAUAGGUACUGUGAUGUAGAAGAAAAAGCUGUUGCACCCAGUGCUGUGCUUCCAUAAAAUUGCUUAUAUCAGCCUUGUUUAUUUGUGAGAGCUUCACCUCUGUCUUGAAAGCUGUAUCCAUAUGGUGACAAAAGUCACUUUUUAAUCCUUAUUUCUGUUUCCUGAUCAUUAAAAGAUCUCCCUGAAGCACCAACAAGGUGAAAAAACUGGGAUACGUCGAGGCUUUUGUUUCUGCUAGAGUAGUGACUUCCUUUGUUGUUUUGGAGCACUCCGAUUUGUUAAUUUAUAUUUUAUUUAAAACUGUUAUUUUACUUGAAAAUAUUUUGUCCAUGAUUAAAAGCGGGAUUUAUAUGAA